UAUGAAGAUUUGUUGUUUAUUUAUCCUCCGAAUUGUGGCCAGAUUUCAGAUUAAUUAAUUAAAAUGUCCUUACCUGACCAACCCCAUGUUCACCUUGCGCUUAUAGAGGCCUGUCGUGCCUGUCUCGAUACAAAAAGCACAAAUUAUGUUCAACUGAGUAGUGAAGGCGGUGCUUGGAAAGAAUUAUAUCAAUCCUGCGUCGAUAUAUCGGUAUCAGUUGACGGUGGCUCACAACUAUUAUGUUGCAAAUGUGCAGAUCUUGUAAAGCUUUAUGCAGAAUUCAAAAAGCAGUGCCACAAGUCGGAAGAGUUUUGGUGUUCGCUACUGUCAGAUGAAGUGAAGUGUUCUGUAAACAAGAUCAACAUAAAGGUGGAAAACCAUGAAAUUAACAUUGUUGAAAGUAACAGUUUACAUAUAGAUGGGCACACAUACUACUCAGCAAUUGAUGCUGGUAAAAAUCAUAAUGACAUUGAUUUACUUAAACAAGAGUCUGUCGAAGUAUUGGAAGAAAGCAUAUUUGAAGGAACUGAUUCUUUUAUAUCAGACAUUGGCCUCAAUGUAAUAAAACAGAAAAAAUCCAAAGAUAUGAAGAAGAAAUUGAAAUGCGAUAAUUGCCAAAGGGAGUACAAAAAUAAAAGAUGGUUACUGAAUCAUUUAAAAACUUGUGAAAACACAAAUAAAACAGCAGUUACUAGGAGUGAAAUGUUAUAUUGCGGUCUAUGCGAAUUCACAUCCGAUCGGGAGUUAAUGAAGCAGCAUUUAGAUGGCCAUGAUAACGCCAAUGACAUGAAUUGCAGAAAUUGUGAUUUCGCUGGUAAAGAUUUCGCGAGUAUGGUUUCACAUAGAUAUUCGCAUCAACCAAAAGAUUUAAAGGCCAAAAUGUUUUGUCAUGUCUGUGACGCAACUAUGCGUUCAUCUGCUGUCCUUCAGUAUCACUACAGGACAGUACAUUUAAAAAAGCCAGGGUUAGAUUGCACUCUGUGCAAAAAGUCCUUCAAGACGUACAAGUGCUGGCGGGACCACGACCGGUGGCACAGGGUUGAUAAAUUCAUAUGUGAUAUAUGUGGAAAAAAAUUUUUAUAUAGAAAUGCAAUCGAAGCCCACAUGAUCGACCAUGCUGAGUUCAACAAAUACAUUUGCGAAACUUGUGGCCGUGGUUUCAAGCGACUCUUCAACUUGAAGUGCCACGUAUCAAAUCGCCACAUCAAACACGCCCCGGUCAAAUGUUCUCACUGUAACAGGACAUUUAAAUCCGACUUUACUUUACAAAAUCAUUUGAGAUUCGUCAAUAAAGAUAAGCCUUAUACCUGUCCAGUUUGCACUAAAGGGUUUCCAUCAGAAGUGACCCUGAAAAACCACCUAUUUUGGCAUAGCGACGAAAGGCCCUUUGGCUGUGAAAUUUGUGGAGCCAAGUAUAAAGCUAAAAGCCAGUUAAAAAUUCAUAUGAGGCAGCAUACGGGAAUAAUGCCAUUCAAAUGCCAAUAUUGUGACAAAAGUUUUGCCAGUUCAAACCAGUUGAAGGUACACUCCAGUGUUCAUACAGGAGUACGUCGCCAUAAGUGCAAUUAUUGUCACAGGACUUUUCAUGGAAGGAAGCUGGUAGAGGCCCAUUGCGCCGCGCAACAUAAAGACAAAGAGAUUAAACUAGAUGUUAUUAUUUGAUACCUAUGUUAAUUGUUUAUGUACUGAACAGAAAUAACAUU